GCAGCAGAGGCCGCAGGAGCGGGCUGUCUUGUUAGCGAUUGCUGCUGAUUCAGACACCUGUAGCCUUCUUUGAAAAGUUUCGCAGAAUCUGUUAUUGAAGUGUACUGCGAGGAAGCGCUUCUCCGAGUGAUAAAGACAGUGAAUAUCAGGAAUGGCCAUACAACACGCAGCAGGAAUACAUAGCCUGAGAAGGGUCACAUCAUCUUGCAGCCAGAGAAACCUGCCACAUGCGAUAUCACAGUGCUGAAUGUUUCGUCUCUUCGUAUCAGAUCAUUGAUGCCUGACAGGCAGAUUAUGGCUUACCCGCAGCUCCCAGAGCAGGAGACUGUCGAGCUGACGCCGAACAACUUCCAAGAUGUUCCGAUCGCUGCAGUCGGUCUGAAAUGUCGCGCCAUACUUGCCAUGCGCCUCGAUGUGCCGCAGCUGCUCUUGGGGCCGUCGGGUCAUCGAGAUUGGCGAGGCCUGGCGCUGUUGGCGGGCUUCAGUUGUGACGAGGUGGAGCUCCUCAAGGAACGAGGAAAGAGCCCGACGGCAUCUCUACUGGACCAGUGGGAUGCACGGAUAAGCCAGCACGUGGCAACCGUCGGACGCCUUGUGCAGCACCUGAUGUGCCUCGAGAGAUACGACGUUCUUGACGACAUUGAAGCAGAACUACGACAAGACAUUGAAUUCUACCGAAGAAAGCAGUCUGGUGGAUAUUCAGAUGUCAUUCAUCCUCCAACAGUCAGGACAUCAACGAGGACGCCCAUCUAUGACGCAUUUGUCUGCUAUACAUCAGAAGACUGGCCCUUUGUUGAGGUGCUGAUCGACAAGCUGGAAUCGUUGGGUCUACGCCUGUUCUUGCCCAAGCGAGAUCUAAAAGCAGGCGUCCUUCAGUACUCCACAUUUUAUGAACUCAUGGAGAAAUGGUGCAGGAAGACCAUCAUUGUGUUUUCACCCGACUUCCUGCAGUCACAAGAGUGCCGUGUUCAGCAAAGGUUCAUUGAGAGCAUAAACAUUGAACAAGCACAGCAAAAACUGAUACCGGUAGUCAUCAAGCAGUGCGUGUUGGACGGCACCAUACGGAUGAUCUCCAAGAUCAACCUCUGUGAUAACACUUCCAAGCUGGCCGAGUGGGGCUGGAAGAAACUGAUCGAGUCAGUCCGGUGCGAGGGGAACUCUCUGUUCGUCGUGCACCAGACUUCUUGCAAGAUGUCUGCCACCUCGCCCGCUAUCCCGGCUUCUCUUGUCGUGAGCACCGUGCCCACUCCCAGCAGGAAGCCGGUGACGGCUGUGCACACAAGAACCCGCGUCAAAGACGCGCAGGACGUGAUUGCUGCCACGAGUUCGACAAAAAAGAAGCCCGGGUGGCUGAAAUUUUUCGGCCGUCAUAAGGCAAGCAGCGUGUCAAGCGAUUCAAGUGGCUUUCAAAGUAUGGCUUCGCCAGAGUGAUCUUUGAAAGGACAUGUGAGGCCUUAUGUGUAUGUCGAGGAAGAUGGACAUCUCUUUUUUGCCGCAAGACUGUACUGUAUGGAGUGUCUAGCAUGUUGGUUAGUUGCUCCAGUGUCAUGUUCACCUACAAAUAAAAUGUGGCUGCGGUUACCUUACUGCCAACCUUAACAGAUGUGAUGGAUUAGU